GGAUUCGCUGGCACCAUUCGCAGGUUUAUAUGCAGAGGUGUCAGAUGCAACUAUUUUAUCAAGCGGGAGAAUGAGAGCUUUACUGGGGUAUUUUCUUUGCUUACUGCUGACGCUGUCGCCUUCGUUGGUGCAAGGUCAAGGUCAUGUGCUGGAUAAGCCCGUGACAGAGAAGUGCCUCACCUGUAUUUGUGAGGCCAUCAGUGGCUGCAAUGCCACGGCGAUUUGCACCAGUCCGGAGAAGGGCACUUGCGGCAUUUUCCGCAUCACCUGGGCCUACUGGGUGGAUGCUGGAAAACUCACUCUUAAUGGAGAGCUUCCCGACUCUGAGAAGGCCUUCAUCAACUGUGCCAACGAUCCGCACUGUGCCGCUGACUUGGUGCAGAAUUACAUGAAGAAGUUCAAUCAGGACUGCAAUGAUGAUGGCGAAAUGGAUUGCCUCGAUUAUGCCAAAAUCCACAAAUUGGGGGCUUAUGGUUGUCAGGCGGACUUGCCCUACAACUACCAGACUGCCUUCGAAGAAUGCAUUGAAAUGUACGAAAAUGAGGGCCUGGAGUGAUAUAAUUGUGUCUCUUUAAAGUAAAAAUGCCUAACUUUAAAUGUUAGUUUAUUAAUUUCAACUGUUUUUGAAAAAAAGCAAAUCUUAUCGAUUCUUAGCUUAAGUUAAGAUUUUUAUGGUGAAUAAAUAACAACCGGGAAUCACCCCGGAUUUAAAAUUA